GUGCUCACUAAAGGGAUAUUUCAUACAGAGGAGUUGCACUGACGAUGUGGACAUCUGUCGUGCUGUUGGUGUUGCUGGCAGUGGCUUCACCCACUGUGGCAAAGCCCAGAAACCGUUUCACUCGCUAUCCAUCAUGGAACAAUAAGAUGUACCCAAUCUGGAAAGAUGGAGACCCACGAUACAAAGACUCAUGGAAAGGUGGAAAAGUGACUUUCAAUGUGGGGAACGAUUCACCGACUCUGACUGCAGCCAAAGUUACUUUUACCAUCGACUUGGAGUUCCCACACAACCAGAAGGUUCAGCCCAAUGGAGACGUUGUUUGGGCGGAAGACUGCAUAGUCAAUGGAACAAAGUACCAUGAGUCUGAACCAGUAUACCCAACUCUGAACUCAGACUGGGAGUCUGUUUUCCCUGAUGGGACACCGAUUAAGAAGGACAAGAGGCCGGCCUACGUGUUUGUCUGGAAGACCUGGGGUCAGUACUGGCAGGUGGCAGAUGACUCCUCUUCCUCCCUGACCAUUGACACAGACAACAUCCCACUGGGCUCCUACACCAUUGACAUCGUCAUCUACCACUACCGCAGCAAGGAGAAGUUCAUCCCUCUGGGAUACGCCUCCACUCAGUUCUCCAUCACUGAUCAAAUCCCUUUUGCCGUAUCUCUGGACCAAGUGAACGACAUCGUGGCCGGGGACAUGCGCUUCAUCCAGAACCGGGCGAUCGCCUUUACCAUCACCCUCCACGACCCGAGCCAGUACCUCAGCACCGCAGACAUCACCUACAACUGGGACUUUGGGGAUGAAAGUGGAGCCCUGAUAUCCAGAGAGCUGACCGUCACUCACACCUACAUCAACUCUGGCUCAUUCAAGCCUAAGGUGGUGAUCCAGGCAGUCAUCCCAGAUAAGGCCUGCGACCCAGCUGAUCUGCCAACCAAGGCCCCCGGUCCACCUACUCAUCACGGCACCACAGUGAAAGCUGCUGCACUGGCGUCUGCUAUCCCCAUACUGGUUUCCACCAAGGCAACUGGUCUGACUGUCAACAUGAUUCCUUCAGACACAGAGGAGGACAACACUGAGGAUGAGGCCUCCACUGCCCCCAACACACUGCCUGCCCAGGAAGCACCCACUGUGGUCAACCCUGACAUGCCUGCUGUUAGUGAGGGGCAGACAGAUGAUAAGCAAACAGUGACCCUGACGGGCCGGGCUAAAGUGGUAGUCGUUGCUAAGAGGGAGGCUGAUGAUGAACCCUCUGACGACGACUGUGUGAUAUAUCGUUAUGGCUCCUUCUGCACCGGCAUCGAAGUGUUUGAGGGCAUUGAAAAAGUAGAGAUUGUACAAAUGGACAAUGCUGUCAUGGCAACACCUGACAUGGGUAGAAAUGUUGUGGACAUCACUGUUACCUGCCAGGGAAGUCUUCCUAAAGAGGUGUGCAGCGUGAUCCUGGAUGCAGAGUGCUUGAGGCCAAUUCACACGGUGUGCAACAUGGUGGAGCCCACCAAAGAGUGCCAGCUGGUGUUACGUCACUUCUUCAAUGACUCUGGUGUCUACUGCAUCAACGUGUCCAUGGCCAACGACGUCAGUUUAGCUGUCACCAGUGCCAAAGUCAACGUUGACAUAGGUUCAGGUCUGUCCUCUCCUGGCACCAUCGCCGUUGUGUUGGGUGUCCUGGUACUCGUUCUAGCAAUAGGAAUAAUGGCAUAUUCUUACAAGCGCUUUAAGGCCUACCGUCCUCUGAAGGAAGGACUGAUUGCGUCUGCAGACCAGCAGGUCGGCCGGGCUCAGGCCUGCUCCGGAGCCUCGAUGUUCUGGAAGCUGCUGAACAGACGGGGAACUGUGGACGACUGCCCUCUGUUGCAGGAGCGGCCGGUGUGAACCAGCCUCAAACCACCAAAUACAAAACCAAGAAACUUAUGAUUUGCAAGUUUCUACACCUGAGAUGUCUUUUUGUACUUUUUUUUCUUUUUUUUACAUAUUUUCUAAAUGACAAACUCAAGAAUGUGUAACAUUUAGAAUUUUUUCGAUUAAAAAAUAUACUGGAAUUAUACUUUAGACAUGCUCUGAUCUUUUGUACCUACAGCAAAAGUGUAUUCUUUCAUUUGGACAAAACUGAAUUUGAAUGUUUUUCCAAUAAACUUUGCU